GGAGAAGUAGGCCCAUUAGGUCCAAGAGGAGAAGAUGGUCCUGAAGGUCCAAAGGGAAGAUCUGGUCCAAAUGGGGACCUUGGUUCAGCUGGUCCAGCUGGUGAAAAGGGCAAGCUUGGUGUUCCAGGUUUGCCUGGAUACCCAGGCCGACAGGGUCCAAAGGGAUCAACAGGAUUCCCAGGAUUUGCAGGAGCCAAUGGGGAAAAAGGAGCUCGGGGUGUUGCUGGAAAACCAGGUCCAAGGGGACAACGAGGUCCAACGGGUCCACGGGGCGCUAGAGGUCCAAGGGGUCCUACUGGAAAACCAGGUCCUAAGGGCACAGCAGGAAAUGAUGGUCCUCCCGGCCCACCUGGUGAAAGAGGACCUCAAGGACCACAGGGCCCUGUUGGCUUCCCAGGACCGAAGGGCCCCCCUGGGCCUCCUGGAAAGGAUGGGUUGCCCGGCCACCCUGGACAGCGUGGUGAGACUGGUUUCCAAGGAAAAACUGGUCCCCCAGGUCCUGGAGGUGUUGUAGGUCCACAGGGUCCAACUGGAGAAACUGGUCCUAUUGGUGAGAGAGGUCAUCCUGGACCUCCUGGCCCACCUGGAGAACAAGGGUUACCUGGACCAGCUGGAAAAGAGGGUGCAAAGGGAGAUCCUGGUCCUCAAGGGGUUACGGGUAAAGAUGGUCCACCAGGUCUUCGUGGAUUCCCUGGAGAAAGAGGUCUUCCUGGAGCCCAGGGUCCUUCAGGAUUAAAAGGUGGAGAAGGUCCGCAGGGUCCACCUGGUCCAAUUGGUUCUGCUGGAGAAAGAGGAGCUGCAGGUGCUGCUGGACCAAUUGGUCUACCAGGAAGGCCUGGUCCCCAGGGCCCUCCAGGACCAGCAGGAGAGAAGGGAGCUCCUGGAGAAAAAGGACCCCAGGGACCCGCUGGCCGAGAUGGAGUACAAGGACCUGUGGGUCUCCCAGGACCUGCUGGCCCUCAAGGACCACCUGGUGAAGAUGGUGACAAGGGUGAAAUAGGAGAGCCUGGCCAGAAAGGAGGAAAAGGAGACAAAGGAGAACAGGGUCCACCAGGACCAUCUGGUUUACAAGGUCCAGUCGGAGCUCCUGGCCCAGCUGGAUCAGAUGGAGAACCGGGACCAAGAGGUCAGCAGGGAAUGUUUGGGCAGAAGGGAGAUGAAGGAGCUCGUGGUUUCCCAGGUCCACCUGGUCCAAUUGGUCUCCAAGGUCUUCCUGGACCUCCUGGUGAAAAGGGAGAAAAUGGUGAUGUUGGACCCAUGGGUCCACCUGGCCCCCCUGGUCCCAGAGGCCCUCAAGGUCCUAAUGGUGCAGAUGGUCCACAAGGUCCCCCUGGGUCAAUUGGUUCUCCUGGAGCAGUUGGUGAGAAGGGUGAGCCUGGAGAGGCUGGAAACCCAGGACCCCUGGAGAAGCUGGUGUUUCAGGUCCUAAAGGUGAAAGAGGAGAGAAAGGAGAAGCAGGACCACCCGGAGCAGCUGGACCAGCUGGCCCUAAAGGCCCACCAGGAGAUGAUGGACCUAAAGGAAAUCCUGGUCCUGUUGGAUUCCCUGGAGAUCCUGGUCCUCCUGGAGAGCCUGGCCCAAGUGGUGCAGAUGGCCUUUCUGGUGACAAGGGUGAAGAUGGGGAACCAGGUCAACCCGGUCCUCCUGGUCCAUCUGGAGAAGCUGGUCCACCUGGUCCUCCUGGCAAGAGAGGUCCUCCUGGAGCUCAUGGUGCAGAGGAAGACAAGGAGAGAAAGGAGCAAAGGGUGAGCCUGGAGCAGAAGGACCUUCUGGAAAGACAGGACCUGUUGGACCUCAAGGCCCUGCAGGAAAACCGGGACCUGAAGGUUUGAGAGGAAUUCCAGGACCUGUGGGUGAACAAGGUCUUCCAGGUGCUUCCGGUCAGGAUGGACCUCCAGGCCCAAUAGGACCACCUGGACUUCCAGGUCUGAAAGGCGACCCCCGGCACCAAAGGCGAAAAGGGACAUCCUGGUUUGAUUGGUCUGAUAGGUCCUCCUGGAGAACAGGGUGAGAAGGGAGACAGAGGACUUCCAGGUCCACAGGGGACUCCUGGAUCCAAGGGUGAUGGAGGUGUUAGUGGUCCUGCUGGUCCAAAUGGUCCUCCUGGGCCCUCCUGGGUUACCUGGUCCUCAAGGUCCAAAAGGUUCAAAGGGUUCAAGUGGUCCUGCAGGUCAGAAGGGAGAUGGUGGUAUGCCUGGACCUCCUGGACCACCAGGACCACCAGGAGAGGUCAUCCAACCACUGCCUAUCCAAUCACCAAAGAAGACCCGAAGAUCCCCUGAUGGCAUGGUGGCAGAUGCAGCAGACAAUAUUUUGGAUUAUGAUGGAAUGGAUGAGAUCUUUGUUUCCCUAAAUUCUCUGAAACAAGACAUUGAGCGCAUGAAAUAUCCAGAAGGAUCCCAAAACAAUCCUGCUAGAACAUGCAAAGAUCUUCAUCUAUCUCACCCAGAGUUCCCUGACGGUGAAUAUUGGAUCGAUCCAAACCAGGGCUGCUCUGGAGACUCAUUCAAAGUGUACUGCAACUUCACAGCUGGAGGGGAGACCUGUAUCUAUGCAGACAAGAAGUCAGAAGGAGUGCGAAUUUCAUCCUGGCCAAAAGAAAACCCUGGCUCCUGGUUCAGUGAAUUCAAGAGAGGAAAACUGCUUUCUUAUGUGGAUGUUGAGGGUAACAGCAUUAAUCAAGUUCAGAUGACAUUCCUAAGACUUCUCAGUGCCUCAGCUCGCCAGAACUUUACAUACAGCUGUCACCAGUCAGUGGCCUGGCAUGACGCUGUUAGCAACAACUAUGACAGGGCCCUGCGGUUUUUGGGCUCGAAAUGAUGAGGAAAUAUCAUAUGACAACAGUCCCUUCAUUACAGCCCUGCAUGAUGGAUGCGCGCUGAGAAAAGGAUACGCACGAACAGUCCUGGAAAUCAACACCCUGAAGAUAGAUCAAUUGCCUAUAGCAGAUGUUAUGAUCAGUGACUUUGGGGAUCAGAAUCAGAAGUUUGGAUUUGAGGUUGGACCAGCCUGCUUCUUAGGUUGA